AUGGCUGGACGAUCAACCGGAGGCCCCCAUCGCGGUGGCGCCUCCGGGAACCUCGAGGACCUUUUGCUGGAUCUCGACAACGAUCAACCCGUGUACAACGACGGCCAGCGCUCCCCCCUCAACGAUGACGACUUGAUGCGAUCCUACGGCAUCGAUCACGAGCUGCACGGCAACCGUCGGCCGUCGGAAUCGUACGAUGACUUUGUCGGCGGCUCACGCCCCUCCGCCGCUGGCACCUUCCGCGGGACUCCGUUGACGCCCGCGGCAGAGGAGGGCGACCGACUCAGGACCAGCCGGUACAGCCAAUCGUCUACUCCGGGAGGCUAUCAGCGCUACGCCGACGACUCCGACGACUACCCGACCGACACCGAAUCAUUCUACCACCAAACCGGCCCCGCCGCCCGCGAACGUGCUCCCUCGGCGGCCCAUCAGGUCGCGCGGAAACGAAACAGCGUCCUCAACCUCGGCGGAGGCUUUUUCGGUCGCCUCAAGAACAAGCUGGGCAUGGGACAGGGCUACUCCGAGAUGGACCUGCCCCUCACCGAACCGGGACAAGAGAGAGGCGCGCCCGCUCGCGAGCGCUCGAAGGGCAAGAAGUUCGACAUGGGAAACUUCAAGUUUGGCUUCGGCCGGAGCAAGCCCGAUCCGUCGACGCUCGGCCCCCGCAUCAUCCAUCUCAACAAUCCGCCGGCGAACGCGGCGAACAAGUACGUCGACAACCACAUAUCGACAGCCAAAUACAACGUCGCCUCCUUCCUCCCCAAGUUCCUCCUCGAGCAGUUCUCCAAGGUGGCCAACAUCUUCUUCCUGUUCACCGCCGCCCUGCAGCAGAUCCCCGGCCUCUCGCCGACGAACCGAUACACGACCAUCGCCCCCCUGCUCAUCGUCCUCCUCAUCUCCGCCGGCAAGGAAUUGGUCGAGGACUACCGAAGGAGGCAGGCCGACAACGCGCUCAACACCUCGCAGGCCCGCGUCUUGCGUGGAUCGAGCUUCAACGAGACCAAGUGGAUCAACGUCGCCGUCGGCGACGUCGUGAGGGUCGAGUCGGAGGAGCCCUUCCCCGCCGACCUCGUCCUGCUCGCGAGCUCGGAGCCGGAAGGGCUCUGCUACAUCGAAACGGCGAACCUCGACGGCGAGACGAACCUGAAGAUCAAGCAGGCGUUGCCCGAGACCUCGUCGAUGGUCUCGUCGAGCGAGCUGAGCCGUCUCGGCGGCCGCAUCAAGUCGGAGCAGCCCAACAGCAGCCUCUACACGUACGAGGCCACCCUCACCAUGCAGUCGGGAGGGGGCGAGAAGGAGCUCCCGCUCAACCCGGAGCAGCUUCUGCUGCGAGGCGCGACGCUGCGGAACACGCCUUGGAUCCACGGCGUCGUCGUCUUCACCGGCCACGAGACCAAGCUCAUGCGGAACGCGACGGCGACGCCGAUCAAGCGAACCAAGGUCGAGAGGCAGCUCAACUGGCUCGUCCUGAUGCUCGUCGGCAUGCUCGUCACGCUCAGCGUCAUCUGCACCGUCGGCGACCUCGUCAUGCGCAGCGUCCAGUUCGACUCCCUCUCGUACCUGUACCUCGACCGCAUCAACAACGCCGGCAAGGUGGCGCAGACGUUUGCCAAGGACAUGGUCACCUACUGGGUUUUGUUCUCCUCCCUCGUGCCCAUCUCCCUCUUCGUCACCAUCGAGCUCGUCAAGUACUGGCACGGCAUCCUCAUCAACGACGACCUCGACAUGUACCACGACAAGACCGACACGCCGGCCACCUGCCGGACCUCGAGCUUGGUCGAGGAGCUCGGCAUGGUCGAGUACGUCUUCUCCGACAAGACGGGCACCCUCACCUGCAACCAGAUGGAGUUUAAGCAGUGCACGAUCGCGGGCAUCCAGUACGCCGACGACGUGUCCGAGGACCGGCGAGCGACGUCGGCCGACGACCUCGACGGCAUCCACGACUUCGAGAGGCUGAGGGCCAACCUGAGGGACGGGCACGAGUCGGCGCCGGCCAUCGACCACUUCCUCGCCCUCCUGGCCACGUGCCACACGGUGAUCCCGGAGAUGACGGAGAAGGGAUCGGUCAAGUACCAGGCCGCGUCCCCCGACGAAGGGGCCCUCGUCCAGGGCGCCGUCGAGCUCGGCUACAAGUUCACGGCGCGAAAGCCGAGGUCGGUCAUCAUCGAGGCCGGCGGCCGGGAGCUCGAGUACGAGCUGCUGGCGGUGUGCGAGUUCAACUCGACGCGCAAGCGGAUGUCGGCCAUCUACCGAUGCCCGGACGGCAAGCUGCGGUGCUACUGCAAGGGCGCCGACACCGUCAUCCUCGAGCGGCUGAGCGACCAGAACCCGCACGUCGAGGUGACGCUGCGGCACCUCGAGGAGUACGCGUCCGAGGGACUGCGCACGCUCUGCCUCGCCAUGCGGGAGAUCCCCGAGCCCGAGUACGCCGAGUGGAGCAGGAUAUUCGAAGCGGCCGGGACGACGGUGGGGGGGACGCGGGCCGACGAGCUCGACAAGGCGGCCGAGAUUAUCGAGCACGACUUCUUCCUCCUCGGCGCGACGGCCAUCGAGGACCGGCUCCAGGACGGCGUGCCGGAGACGAUCCACACGCUGCAGCAGGCCAACAUCAAGGUCUGGGUGCUGACGGGCGAUCGUCAAGAGACGGCCAUCAACAUCGGCAUGAGCUGCAAGCUGCUUAGCGAGGACAUGAUGCUCCUCAUCGUCAACGAGGAGUCGUCGGCGGCGACGCGGGACAACCUGCAGAAGAAGAUUGACGCCAUCAGGACGCAGGGCGACGGCACCAUCGAGAUGGAGACGCUGGCGCUCAUCAUCGACGGCAAGUCGCUGACGUACGCGCUCGAGAAGGAGCUCGAGAAGCUCUUCCUCGACCUCGCCAUCAUGUGCAAGGCCGUCAUCUGCUGCCGCGUCUCGCCGCUGCAGAAGGCGUUGGUGGUGAAGCUCGUCAAGAAGUACCAGAAGGAGUCGAUCCUGCUGGCCAUCGGCGACGGGGCCAACGACGUGUCGAUGAUCCAGGCCGCCCACAUCGGCGUCGGCAUCAGCGGCGAGGAGGGACUGCAGGCGGCGAGGAGCGCCGACGUGGCGAUUGCGCAGUUCCGCUUCCUCCGCAAGCUGCUGCUCGUCCACGGCGCCUGGAGCUACCACCGCGUGAGCAAGACGAUCCUGUUUUCCUUUUACAAGAACAUCACGCUGUACAUGACGCAGUUUUGGUACACGUUCCAGAACGUCUUCUCCGGACAGGUCAUUUACGAAUCGUGGACGCUGUCCUUUUACAACGUCUUCUACACGGUCCUGCCGCCGCUGGCGCUGGGCAUCCUCGACCAGUUCAUCUCGGCCCGGCUCCUCGAUAGGUACCCACAGCUGUACGUAAUGGGCCAGAGGAACGACGCGUUCAAGCUCAAGGUGUUUGGGCAGUGGAUCGCCAACGCCUUCUACCACUCGAUCAUCCUCUACAUAUUCUCGGAGCUCAUCUGGUACGGCGACCUGAUCCAGGGCGACGGCCUCAUCGCCGGCCACUGGGUCUGGGGCACGGCGCUCUACGGCGCGGUGCUCCUCACCAUCCUCGGCAAGGCGGCUCUCGUGACGACGAACUGGACCAAGUACCACGUCAUGGCCAUCCCCGGCAGCAUGGCCAUCUGGUACGUCUUCAUCGCGGCGUACGGAACGGUGGCGCCGAUGGUGCACUUUUCGAACGAGUAUCACGGCGUCGUGCCGCGGCUGUACGCGAGCCCCAUAUUCUGGCUGCAGACGGUGACCCUGGCGAUCCUGUGCCUCAUCCGCGACUUUGCGUGGAAGUACGCCAAGCGGAUGUACUGGCCACAGACGUACCAUCACAUCCAGGAGAUUCAAAAGUACAAUAUCCAGGACUACCGUCCCAGAAUGGAGCAGUUCCAGAAGGCGAUCCGCAAGGUGCGGCAGGUGCAGCGGAUGCGGAAGCAGCGUGGCUAUGCUUUCUCGCAGGCGGACGAGAGCCAAACGCGCGUGCUGCAGGCCUACGACACGACAAAACACAGGGGACGGUACGGAGAGAUGGAGAGCUCGCGACCGACGGACCGGUAG